GGUGGGGGUGGGGGUGUGGGGCAGGUGGAGAAGAGCCCACAGAGGGGCCCCCGGAGCCGCGCUGAGAGUCGAGCUGCGGAAAGCCACGUCCGUACGCACGAGGGAGGAGGGACGUGACAUCAGCCGUUGCUGAAGCCUCUCUGACUUCCUCCUUGUGUCCUGGAAGCCAGGCAGCUCUACACGCUGGUAAACUGCAGCUCCAUCGUCUCUGUCUGUGCUCUUUCCUGUCAGGGCGGUUGGGCAUGAUGGCUUACCAUCAAGAAAGGUGGGCUCGCCAGCGCUGAUCGUGCCGCUGACCUGACACUUAAGUUAUUGUUCUGCUAAAGCACCGUGAAGAGGCUAUCUGUCAAGAUGCUGAUCAAGGAAUACCACAUCCCCCUGCCCAUGAGCGUGGAGGAAUAUCGCAUCGCACAGCUCUACAUGAUCCAGAAAAAGAGCCGCGAGGAGACGUGCGGGGAGGGGAGUGGGGUGGAAAUCCUUGAGAACCGGCCCUACGUGGACGGACCGGGGGGCUCCGGGCAGUACACCAAAAAAGUCUACCACAUCGGCAUGCACAUCCCCAGCUGGUUCCGCUCCAUCCUGCCAAAGGCCGCCCUACGCGUGGAAGAGGAAUCCUGGAACGCCUACCCAUACACCAGGACAAGAUACACCUGCCCUUUCGUGGAGAAAUUCUCUAUUGACAUUGAAACAUAUUAUAAGCCUGAUCCAGGAGAUCAUGUCAAUGUAUUUAAUCUCUCGGCCACUGAGAAAAGGCAGCGAAUCGUGGAUCCUAUAGAUAUCGUCAGAGACCCGAUCCCUCCAAACGAAUACAAGACCGAGGAGGAUCCGAAGCUGUACAAGUCAACAAAGACGGGCCGGGGGCCCCUGUCUGAGAGCUGGGUGGACGAGUACAAGAACGUCCCCGAGAAGAUGCCCGUCAUGUGUGCCUACAAGCUGUGUAAGGUGGAGUUCCGCUACUGGGGUAUGCAGUCCAAGAUCGAGCGCUUCAUUCACGAUGUGGGGCUGAGGAAGGUGAUGCUGCGAGCUCACCGGCAGGCCUGGUGUUGGCAGGACGAGUGGUACGGAUUGACCAUGGAGGACAUCCGGCUGUUGGAGCGGGAGACGCAGGUGAUGCUGGCACAGAAGAUGGCACAGUUCAGCCUGAGCGAUGGGGAGGGGGAGGCCACGGCGGCGAGCUCGGCCUCCAGCGAGCAGGACCAGGACAACGGCAAACUCCCCAGCGGCCUGGAGGUGGAGAGCAGCCAGACCUCCCUACACGAAUACGGCGAGGCCAUCGGGGACCGGGUCCUCACCAAGCAGUGGUCUACCAGCUCCAGAUCCUCACGCUCGUCAAAGAGAGGAGCAAGUCCAUCACGCCACAAUAUAUCAGACUGGCGGAUGCAGAGCAUUGCCAGGGAUUCUGAGGACAGCUCAGAUGAGGAGUUCUUCGACGCACAAGAAGGUUUUUCAGACAGCGAGGAGAAUUACCCCAAGGAAAUCGCAAAGUGGAAUUCAAACGAGCUGAUCAAUAAGAUCGAAGACUCUGGCGAGGCCGAGGAGGGAACCAGUGACUUCUACCAAGAACCAUUAACAGAUAAUGAUCCUUCUUCUGUGGAACCUAGUCGUAUCCAGAUCCACAGCCCUGUAAACGGUAAAGUCACACCCUGUAUCCCAGAGGUCAGAGUCACACGGGUGGCAGCACAUCUUAAUGAACACAAGACAUCUCAAUUGUCCUUGCUUGUAAAAUGCUUACAAUGUUGUGACUUUCAACAACAUGAGAAUUUGGUAAGGCACCUUUUCAGUUCUUUUGACGGGGUGACGGAGCUCAGCGUACAGCCGUGCCCGAUCCAUGUGUUAGUGCUGGUGCUUCACGCAGGCAACAUCCUGGACACGGGCACUGGGGAGCCCAGCUCCAAGCAGGCGGACGUCAACACCAUAACCUCAGUCUUCGAGACGGUGAUGAGAGUCCAUUUCCCCGCGGCACUGGGACACCUGGCGGUCAGGCUGGUCUCCUGCCCGGCCAUCUGCUCCGAGGCCUUCUCCCUCAUAUCCAACCUCAGCCCCUACAGCUACGAUGAGGGCUGUUUGUCUAACAGUCAGGACCACAUUGCUCUGGCCGCCCUGCCGCUGCUCGCCACCUCGUCGCCCCUCUACCAGGAGGCCAUCACCACCGUCAUUCUCCGAGCCAAUCAGGUGUACGGCGACUUCAUCAGGUCUCAGCACGGUGUGGCCUUCUGUGGGCAGAUCUGUUUGGUCGGAGACUGUGUCGGAGGAAUCCUGGCCUUUGACGCCCUGUGCUUAAGCAAUCAGACCGUCUCUGAAAGCCAGAACAGCAGCCGGAGAGGCAGCGUGGUGAGCGGGCAGGACAACGAGCUGCUGUCUCCGGGAAUCACCAUCAACGCCGGCUCUAACCUGGAGAGCAGCCGGCAUCUCAGCCGCAGUAACAUCGACAUUCCCCGGAGCGGCGCUGACAACGCCAGGAAGCAGCUGCCGCGGAAACGCAGCGACUCCUCCACGUACGAGCUGGACACCAUCAAACAGCACCAGGCUUUCCUGUCCAGUUUACACUCCAGCGUGCUGAGAAAUGAUCCCGGCUCGCGGCGCUCCAGCAGUUCCACCAUGCUGGAGGCCAUGGCCCCGGGAAGGUUCGACUUCGAGGUGACGGAUUUCUUCCUGUUCGGAUCGCCGCUGGGGCUGGUGCUGGCGCUCCGGAAAACCGUCAUCCCCAGCCUGGACGUGUCCCAGGUGAGGCCAGCCUGUCAGCAGGUUUACAACCUGUUCCACCCCGCCGACCCCUCGGCCUCACGCCUGGAGCCGCUGCUGGAGAAGAAGUUCCACCUCCUGCCGCCCAUCACUGUACCUCGCUACCAACGCUUCCCGCUCGGCGACGGCACCUCCGCCCUGCUGGUUGAGACAAUCCAGAGCAAUCCCAUCCUCAUCCUGGAGAGCUCUCUUGUUGCUCUCCAACGCCAGGAGAGCGUAAUGGAGACUAGCAUCCCUGUUCCCGUGCUUAACUGGCAAGAAGGCUUCAGUAGACCGGCAGCCGUGACAGAGUCAGACACUGUUCAGUCUCACGCCAGCUUCUUCCUGGAGAGCUCGUCGCCAUCCUCGCCGCUCGCCGCCCCGGCUUUCAGGGGCUUCCGCAGAGCCAGCGAGGUCAGCAUCGCCAGCCAGGUGUCAGGGAUGGCAGACAGUUACACCACCUCCAACAUCGCCAACAUUGCAGCCCGGUGGUGGGGGACCAAACGCAUGGACUACGCCCUGUACUGCCCUGACGCCCUGAUGGCGUUCCCCACCAUCGCCCUGCCUCACCUCUUCCACGCCAGCUAUUGGGAGUCCACUGACGUCGUCUCCUUCCUGCUGCGACAGGUGAUGAGACAUGAAAAUGCUAGUGUGCUGGAGCUGGAUGGCAAAGAAGUUUCUGUGUUCAGCCCGACCAAACCCCGGGAGAAGUGGCUACGCAAGAGGACGCACGUGAAAAUCAGGAACGUAACAGCGAACCACAGGGUAAACGAUGUGAUCGUGUCGGACGAGGGCCCACAGGCGCUGAGCGGCAGGUUCAUGUACGGCCCCCUGGACAUGGUGACGCUGACCGGGGAGAAGGUGGACGUGCACAUUAUGACACAGCCGCCCUCAGGAGAGUGGAUUUAUUUUGACACCGAGAUCACCAACAACAGCGGCAGGAUUGUCUACGUGAUUCCGGAGAGUCAGAAGCUGGGGAUCGGCAUGUACCCUGUGAAGCUGGUGGUCAGGGGUGAUCACACGUCUGCGGACAGCUACAUUACUGUGCUGCCCAAGGCGACUGAGUGCGUGGUGUUCAGCAUCGACGGCUCAUUCGCCGCCAGCGUCUCCAUCAUGGGCAGCGAUCCCAAGGUCCGAGCCGGAGCUGUGGAUGUCGUGAGGCACUGGCAGGACCUGGGCUAUUUUAUUAUCUACGUGACAGGCCGGCCCGACAUGCAGAAGCAGAAGGUGGUGGCCUGGCUCGCUCAGCACAACUUCCCGCACGGCAUCGUGUCCUUCUGUGACGGGCUGGUACACGACCCACUCCGACACAAAGCCAGCUUCCUCCGCAGCCUGGUGCACGAGGUGUUCAUGAAGAUCCACGCAGCUUACGGGUCGACCAAGGACAUCUCGGUUUACACCACCCUGGGCUUGUCACCAUCACAAAUCUUCAUCGUUGGACGUGCGACCAAAAAGUACCAAUAUCAGUGCCAGUUCCUGACAGAGGGAUACGCCGCUCACCUCUCCCAGCUGGAGUAUAACCACCGUUCCCUCCCGGCCAAGGGCAACAGCAGGAUGGUGCUGCGGAAGGGCAGCUUCGGGCUGCCGGCUCAGCCUGACUUCCUGAGGAAGAGAAACCACCUGUUCCGCACCAUCUCCAGCCAGCCGGGGGCGGCCACGGCUCCCCGUCCCGAACGGACACUCAGCCAGUCAGAGAGCGAGCGGGAGCGGGAGAAGGAUCGCAGCGGGAGGAGCAUGAGCAUCGCCGCGGGCUGCUGGGGGCGGGCCAGCGCUUCUAAGCUGGAGUCUGGCGUCUAGCCCCAGAGAAGGGGGAGUUACUACAACAACUACAACAACGACGACAGAUUAUAUUUGUAUAGCGCCUUUCGCACGGGGAGGACGUUACAGACCUGGGGAGAGGAGCGCUGAGGGUCACGGUCAAUACCGCCAACGAGAAAUCUGCUCACAAAGAGUGAGGUUUGGAACCGAGCACUGAGGGCGAAUGGUGCUAAAGAGAUUCAGGAGACAUGAAUGAACUCAAUUGUGUGCUCUGCGUUAACUGCAGGCCUUAACAGCGCAGUGUUACAUUGCCUGAAACACUAGCUCAAUCAUUAACCUUAAACCUAGUUACAGAGACUUAGCGCAGAUUUUCCAAACUCGGCAUCUUCUCUAUAUUCAGGUUUGGCCGACGACAGUGUAAAUACGUGCCUCCUCUCUCCACACACACACACACACACGGGACCUUUUAACUCACUGGGUUCCUGCACAUUUCUCUCCCCCACCCAAGUUCCUCUUGAAAUUCAGUCGCCUACAAUUUGCUGUUACUUUUCCUGCUGUUUCACAUCCUGCCGUCGUGACUCGCGACUGUGAAAAACCUCAGUUGUUGUUUUUGUUUUAUUGCACUGAUUAACUUUAGAUUGUUUAGAUUCGGAGCCUGUUACAGCCUGGCGUGGCUUGGUCCGGCCCAGCCCGGCUGAGCGUAAGCGUGUCGAGAGCGAUCCUCUGGUUGUUAAAGAUUGUAAGCGAGUCCAAACGGGAACUGAUCACAGUUAGUGGAUCCCUGGCAGAGCAGGUCAGUACCGUCCAUAUUAAACGACCGGCCACACUCAGCUGCGAGUAAGAAAACAAUAAUAUUGAGAGAGAGAGAGAGAGAGAGAAAGAGACAGACAGCAUCCAUUCUCCUUCAUGGAAACUCCAGGUUUAUUACAUUUCCCAGGAAGGUUAGCUGAGCUGCUUUUCAGCAAAGAGUUUUGGUUUUAAAGAGACAAAUCUCUUGUCUCUUAUUUUAAGGACAGCUGCAAUCAGGGAGGUAAGGGUUUUGUGGGAUUUUUAAGCCAAAACAAUUGAGACACCCUAAUGUACCUAACCAUCAGACUGGAGUUUGGAGAAUGUAGUUUCAAGUAAGAGAAUGAGACUAGAGACAAACAGACAGACACAGACAGUAACUUGUGGGUGUGAGAAGGUAAGAGUGAGCCACAGCAGCUACAAUCACACGUGGUGUGUCUGACUUGGGAGCUUCAGUACAAUUUUACUGAAAAUGUCAGAAGCAGAAAUAAUUUGUCCGUUGAACAAAUCUGGAAGGAUUAUAUAUUAAGCACAUCAGUCGGCACAUUAACUGUUUACUGCAGGAACUUUUCCUGUUUCCCCCCUGCAGUUAAUAAAUGGAGUUAUUAUCCGUCAGUGUCUGAAAGCUCACUGCCUGGGCUCCUCCAUGGUGACUGGUGUCUGUAGGGAAACUGCUCCCUGGCUCUCUGAAUGGUCGCUGUCUCUCGCUCUCACCGCCAACAGUGCAAAUAAAGCUCGGAAAUAUAUUUUUCCACGUUAUUUUAUAUAUGAUGCAUAAAGUCACUGAGGAGCUUUUUUUAUAUAUAACAGUCUAGAUAUGUAUAUAUAU